GUUUAUUUUUGUAAAAAGUUUAUAAAGCGCAGGGCUUGGAGGUCCAGGAUGCUCAGUCAGUCCCUGUUGUGGCCCCUGUUCCAGACUGUGCUGUGGCCCCUGGUUCAGUCUCUCUCGCGGCCCCUGGUUCAGUCUCUGUAGUGGGCCGUUGUUCAGUCCCUGUAGUGGACAGUUGUUCAGUCCCUGCUGUGGCCCCUGGGUGAGACUCUGUUGUGGCCCCUUGUUGAGUCCCUGGUGUGGCCCCUUGUUGAGUCCCUGGUGUGGCCCCUUGUUGAGUCCCUGGUUCAGACUGUGCUGUGGCCCCGGAUCAGUCCCUGCUGUGGCCCCUGGUUCAGUCUCUGUCGUGGCCCCUGGUCCUGUCCCUGUAGUGGACCCUUGUUCAGUCCCUGCCGUGGCCCCUGGUUCCGUCCCUGUUGUGGCCCCUGGUUCCGUCCCUGUUGUGGCCCCUGGUCCCGUCCCUGUUGUGGCCCCUGGUCCCGUCCCUGUUGUGGCCCCUGGUCCCGUCCCUGUUGUGGCCCCUGGUCCCGUCCCUGUUGUGGCCCCUGGUCCCGUCCCUGUUGUGGCCCCUGGUUCCGUCCCUGUUGUGGCCCCUGGUUCCGUCCCUGUUGUGGCCCCUGGUUCGGUCUCUGUUGUGGCCCCUGGUUCGGUCUCUGUUGUGGCCCCUGGCUCGGUCCCUGUUGUGGCCCCCCUGGUUCGGUCCAUGUUGUGGCCCCCCUGGUUCGGUCCCUGCCCUGGUUCGGUCCCUGCUGUGGCUCCUGGCUCGGUCCCUUCUGUGGCCCCUGGCUCGGUCCCUAUUGUGGCCCCUGGCUCAGUCCCUGCUGUGGCCCCUGGCUCAGACUGUGCUGUGUCCCCUGGUUCAGUCUCUGUCGUGGCCCCUGGUCCUGUCCAUGUAAUGUACCCUUGCUCAGUCCCUGCUGUGGCCCCUGGUUGAGACUCUGUUGUGGCUCCUGGUUCCGUCCAUGUUGAGGCCCCUGGUUCCGUCCAUGUUGAGGCCCCUGGUUCCGUCCAUGUUGAGGCCCCUGGUUCGGUCUCUGUUGUGGCUCCUGGCUCGGUCCCUGGUUCAGUCCAUGGUGUGGCUCCUGGUUCGGUCCCUGCUGUGGCUCCUGGUUCGGUCCCUGCUGUGGCUCCUGGUUCGGUCCCUGCUGUGGCUCCUGGUUCGGCCCCUGCUGUGGCCCCUGGUUCGGUCCCUGCUGUGGCCCCUGGUUCGGUCCCUGCUGUGGCCCCUGGCUCGGUCUCUGCUGUGGCCCCUGGCUCGGUCUCUGCUGUGGCCCCUGGCUCGGUCUCUGCUGUGGCCCCUGGCUCGGUCUCUGCUGUGGCCCCUGGCUCGGUCUCUGCUGUGCCUCCUGGCUCGGUCUCUGCUGUGCCUCCUGGCUCGGUCUCUGCUGUGCCUCCUGGCUCGGUCUCUGCUGUGGCUCCUGGCUCGGUCUCUGCUGUGGCUCCUGGCUCGGUCCCUGUUGUGACUCCUGGCUCGGUCCCUGUUGUGGCCCCUGGUUCGGUCCCUGCUGUGGCCCCUGGUUCAGUCCCUGUAGUGGGCCGUUGUUCAGUCCCUGCUGUGGCCCCUGGUUGAGACUCUGUUGUGGCCCCUUGUUGAGUCCCUGGUGUGGCCCCUUGUUCAGUCCCUGUGGUCCCCGGUUCAGACUGUGCUGUGGCCCCCGGAUCAGUCUCUGUUGUGGCCCCUGGUUCAGUCCCUGUUGUGGCCCCUGGCUCGGUUCCUGUUGUGGCCCCUGGUUCAGUCCCUGUUGUGGCCCCUGGCUCGGUUCCUGUUGUGGCCCCUGGUUCAGUCCCUGCUGAGGCCCCUGGUUCAGUCCCUGUUGUGGCCCCCUGGUUCAGUCCCUGUUGUGGCCCCCUGGUUCAAACCCUGUUGUGGCCCCCUGGUUCAAACCCUGUUGUGGCCCCUGGUUCAGUCCCUGCUGAGGCCCCCUGGUUCAGUCCCUGCUGAGGCCCCCUGGUUCAGUCCCUGUUGUGGCCCCUGGCUCGGUUCCUGUUGUGGCUCCUGGUUCAGUCCCUGCUGAGGCCCCUGGUUCAGUCCCUGCUGAGGCCCCCUGGUUCAGUCCCUGUUGUGGCCCCCUGGUUCAGUCCCUGUUGUGGCCCCCAGCACAGCAGGGGUUAAUGUCUGGUCACGUGGUACACGCUCAGACAAUGGCAGCUCGAGCGCGGGAAGCCGGGGCGGGGUCAGAGGGUAAAAGGAAGCAGGUGGGCGUGGCCUGUCGAGGAAGGGGCGUGUCGCCGGUAGGCGGGUAUAAGAGGGGGUUCCCAGCGCGGGGGAUUACGAGCUGCUGCCAUCUUUCCUGUGCGAAUCCUGUCAGCGAGCUGAGCGCCAUGGCUGAGGAGACCGUGUCCGUGCCCACCGAGUCCUCCAAGUAAGGCGCUGCAUGGGGACGGGGCCCCGUGCCGUGUGGCCCCUGGGAGCUCCUGUGAGGGGGGCCUGGCAGCAACCUGCGCGAGCAGGACCCGCGAGCUCUGCUCUCCGAUUGGCUGGCCGGGAGACAGGACCCGCGAGCUCUGCUCUCCGAUUGGCUGGCCGGGAGACAGGACCCGCGAGCUCUGCUCUCCGAUUGGCUGGCCGGGAGACAGGACCCGCGAGCUCUGCUCUCCGAUUGGCUGGCCGGGAGACAGGACCCGCGAGCUCUGCUCUCCGAUUGGCUGGCCGGGAGACAGGACCCGCGAGCUCUGCUCUCCGAUUGGCUGGCCGGGAGACAGGACCCGCGAGCUCUGCUCUGAUUGGCUGCUUCAUGAGACAGCGCGUGGCGCUUUGUGUGCUCGGCCAAACGGUGACAGAGCGGGUUUGGCGCCAAAACGGCUUUACCUCAGACCGGACCCCGGGCGGGGGGGAGCGAGCUGGUCAUACCGGACCCCGGGGGGCGGCGUGUCUGUGAGACCGGUACCCAGCACUAGCCCUCCACAUCCCGGACACUUGCCCCCAGUUCGCCAUGUUCCCCCACACGGAGUAUCCAAUGUUAAUCUCCCCACCAGCCGCCCCCGGUAAGGGAUAUCCUGGCAGAGACCCCAAUCCCUCGCUGGGUUAUGUUGGUAAUGUGGCCUCAUACACCCGGCUGGCCGUGUUAGAGGCAUCCAUAACACACACACAUAGAGCCGCCCCACACUGGGCUUGGGGUGGGAGGGGGUCAGUCUAAACCCGACACAUUUUGCCUGUUGGGGGUAAUUUUCUCCCUCCCUGCCCACCUUGUGCCUGUGGGGGGGAUGAUGAUAAAGUCUUUGAAGUGACUUUACUAUUUGCUCUUCCAAAAGAAUGUAAAUACUUUGUACAAUAACUACCUCCGAUUCAGAGCCAGUUGAUGCUCGGUAUUGACAGUUUUUACUCUUCUUUUAGGCCUGAAGUUGUAGAUGCUCCAACAUCGUCUGACAAAGUUGCUGUGUAAGUUUAUAAUUUCAUAAAUUGUUAAAUCAGGGCUCGGCGACCCUAGGUGCAAUGGUGACUAAAUCUCGCGCUUGCAGGACCUCUCGUGGGUGGCUCCUCUCCUAUGGAAUAGCUUGCCUACUGCCAUCAGACUCUCCCCUAGCCUUCAAUUAUUUAAAAAGGGCCUUAAAACCCAUCUCUUCAGGAAAGCUUAUGGCCUCCCGGAGUAAUCUCUACCUUACAUACCUGUCUCCUGCUCUUUCCUAUGGGACAGUGCUUUGCUCUCUCCUCCAGCUCUGCUUCACUCCUACUUGAUAUUUCCUGUCCUAAUGUUUCUAAUACCCCACCUCCUAUAGUCUGUAAGCUCGUUUGAGCAGGGUCCUCUUCAACAUAUUGUUCCUGUAAGUUUUCUUGUAAUUGUCCUAUUUAUUGUUACAUUCCCCCCCCCCCCUCUCAAAAUAUUGUAAAGCGCUAUGGAAUCUGUUGGCGCUAUAUAGAUGAUGAUGAUGAUAAAUAUUGCACUUGUGAUUGGUCAGCCUGUUCCCUCCUCUUCCUGUCUCAAUUCCCAUGCAGCUCUCUGUGCACCUGGAGGAAGUGAAGGGCACUGUAAUUACUUCCGCCGGGUGCAGAUGUCGCACCAGGUAAUGGCACGCUAACCUGGCAGGACACCAGGUAAAGAUGGCUCUGCCCCAGGCCGCAUAGCUGACCAUGCUGCAGAGUCGCCUGCCUGCCCUUUCCCCUGCAUGACCCCAGCGUCAGAGCUCCAUGGCCCUAGAGGCACGGGGCAAAGUGAGUCUUAAACAGCGGCAGCCUGUCCCACUAACAUAUCACCUACUAAUGCCCAGUCCCCAGGGAAGCCAUCCUCCUGAGACCAUAAGGUAGGAAACAGGAGGGUGGAUAAAGAUGUUUUUUUAUUUUCUUUAUUUCGGUGUCUCUAUAUAUUUAUAGGUGUAUCAAUAAGUAAUGCUUUGAGUUUGUCUGACUGUCAGUGAAUGUGUUUAGGUCACCAUCCACCACUGAUCGCAUAGGAAUGCUUUUUUCACAAAUUUUUCCAGCACCAUGCCAGUCUCAAAUGAGCUGGCCCACCUCCAUAGCUGAGAUUAAUUAAAUCAAUUAAAAGCAUCACUAUGGGGAACAUUUACUGCCUCUAUGCCAAAGAGUGUGGUGAUGCUGAAUUUUCUCUCUCUCUGCACACCUUGUGCCUGUUUGGGGGUGACGAGAAGGCUUUGAAGUGACUUUACUAUUUGCUCUUUCAAAAGAAUGUAAAUACUUUGUACAAUAACUACCUCCGAUUCAGAGCCAGUUGAUGCUCGGUAUUGACACUUUACUCUUCUUUUAGGCCUGAAGCUGUAGACACUCCUUCAACAUCAUCUGACAAAGUUGCUGUGUAAGUUUAUAAUUUCAUAAAUUGUUAAAUCAGAGCUCGACAACCCUAGGUGCAAUGGUGACUAAAUAUUGCACUUGUGAUUGGUCAGCCUGUUCCCUCCUCUUCCUGUCUCCAUUCCCCUGCAGCUCUCUGUGCACCUGGAGGAAGUGAAGGGAACUGUAAUUACUUCUGCCAGGUGCAGAUGCUGACCAUGCUGCAGAGUUGCCUGCCUGCCCUUUCCCCUGCAUGACCUCAGCGUCAGGUGGGAAGUUGUUACAGCUCCCUUCCUCCUGGCGCACAGAGCUCCAUGGCCCUAGAGGCAGGGGGCAAAGUGAGUCUUUCACAGCGGCAGCCAGUCCCACUAACGUCACCUACUGAUGCCCAGUCCCCAGGGGGAAGCCAUCCUCCUGAGACCAUAAGCUAGGAAACAGGAGGGUGGAUAAAGAUGUUUGUUUUUCCUUAUUUCUGUGUCUCUAUAACGUAUAUAUUCGUGUAUAAGUCGAGUGCAGUUUUGUGACCAACAAUUGUGAAAUAUGCUGUGCCUUGUGGAUGAGUCGAGGGUAAAACUUGGGGCUAUGAAAUUCUGUGAUUUUUAUAAUUAGAUAUACACACACUCAUACAAACACACACUGCAUUAUAUACACACAGUGUAUAUAAUGCAGAGUGUUUGCGUAGUGUGUGAACUGGGUGGGGGGAGGGCAUUUUUAUUUUAAUAUUUUUUUUUUUUGUCCCCCCUCCCUGCUUGUUAACUGUUCAGGGAGGGGGGCUAUCUUAAUCCCUGGUGGUCCAGUGGCAUGGGAUGUGAAGUGGGGGGGGCGGCAGGAAGCAUUUACUUACUUUUCCUGCAGCUCCGGUCAGCUCCACUGUAAGUCUCGCGGUCUGGUUGCCACGCGGAUCGUUGCCAUGGCUCUGACGGCCGCGGCUCUCUAAGUUGCCAUAAUACCAACAGUGACUCGAGUAUAAGUCGAGUGGGGGUUUUUAAGAACAAAAAAUGUGCUGGAAAAACUAGACUUAUACUCAAGUAUAUACUGUAUAUUGUUUAUAGGUGUAUCAAUAAGUAAUGCUUUGAGUUUCUGACGGUGUCAGUGAAUUUGUUUAGGUCACCAUCCACCACUGAUCUCAUAGGAAUGCUGUUUUUACUAAUUUUUCCAGCGCCAUGCCAGUCUCAAAUGAGCUGGCCCACCUCCAUAGCUGAGAUUGCUUAAAUCAAUUAAAAGCAUCGCUAUGGGGAACAUUUAGUGCCUCUAUGCCAAAGAGUGUGGUGAUGCUGAAUGUAGGGUCUGCACAUUGUGCAGCACGGAAAUAGCGAUACUUUAGUGGCCAUCUGAGACAGCCACUACAGGUGUUACUAGACAGCAAUAUAAAAACUGCCUUUUUCUAUGAAAAGGCAAUGUUUACACUGACAUAUAUAGCGUGUCCCUGCAGACAUCAGCCAUUCCAUUAAGCUGUAGUGGUUCUGGUAACUAUAGUGUUCCAGAAUUUUAUUUCUGUCCUGGGGGAAGAAACUGGCUCCUAGAUUGAAAGCAAAUUUGUAAAGUUCUGUGAGUGUUAAAUGUUACAUGAUGCUAAUAUUGUAUAACCCUAGGGAGGAUGUGGAAUGUGAAGCCAAAAAGCUUAUGGGUGCGGGUCACAGAAACUUGGUGAUGAAGGAUAUAAAGUCAGCAGUUGCUGCUUUUCAGGAAGCCAGCAGCCUAUUGUAAGUAUCUGUCAGUCUCACUUUCUAGCACUUCAGUAGUGAGCUUUAUUGUUAAGUUGACAUAGAAACAUAGAAUGUGACGGCAGAUAAGAACCAUUCGGACUAUCUAGUCUGCCCAAUUUUCUAAAUACUUUCAUUAGUCCCUAGUCUUAUCUUAUAGUUAGGAUAGCCUUAUGCCUAUCCCACGCAUGCUUAAACUCUUUUACUGUGUUAACCUCUACCACUUCAGCUGGAAGGCUAUUCCAUGCAUCCACUACCCUCUCAGUAAAGUAAUACUUCCUGAUAUUAUUUUUAAACCUUUGUCCCUCUAAUUUAAGACUAUGUCCUCUUGUUGUGGUAGUUUUUCUUCUUUUAAAUAUAGUCUCCUCCUUUACUGUGUUGAUUCCCUUUAUAUAUUUAAAUGUUUCUAUCAUAUCCCCCCUGUCUCGUCUUUCCUCCAAGCUAUACAUGUUAAGAUCCUUUAACCUUUCCUGGUAAGUUUUAUCCCGCAAUCCAUGAACCAGUUUAGUAGCCCUUCUCUGAACCCUCUCUAAGGUAUCAAUAUCCUUCUGAAGAUAGUCUCCAGUACUGUGUACAAUACUCCAAGUGAGGUCUCACCAGUGUUCUGUAUAAUGGCAUGAGCACUUCCCUCUUUCUAGUGCUAAUACCUCUCCCUAUACAACCAAGCAUUCUGCUAGCAUUUCCUGCUGCUCUAUUACAUUGUCUGCCUACCUUUAAGUCAUCAGAAAUAAUCACCCCUAAAUCCCUUUCCUCAUAUGUUGAGGUUAGGACUCUAUCAAAUAUUCUGUACUCUGCCCUUGGGUUUUUACGUCCAAGAUGCAUUAUCUUGCACUUAUCCACAUUAAAUGUCAGUUGCCACAAUUCUGACCAUUUUUCUAGUUUACCUAAAUCAUUUGCCAUUUGGCUUAUCCCUCCUGGAACAUCAACCCUGUUACAUAUCUUAGUAUCAUCAGCAAAAAGACAUACCUUACCAUCAAGACCUUCUGCAAUAUCACUAAUAAAAAUAUUAAAGAGAAUGGGUCCAAGUACAGAUCCCUGAGGUACCCCACUGGUGACAAGUCCAAGCUUCGAAUAUAUUCCAUUAACUACAACCCUCUGUUGCCUGUUACUCAGCCACUGCCUUACCCAUUCAACAAUAUUUGAAUCCAAACUUAAAGAUUGCAGUUUAUUGAUAAGCCUUCUAUGUGCAACAGUGUCAAAAGCCUUACUGAAAUCUAGGUAAGCAAUGUCUACUGCACCACCCUGAUCUAUAAUUUUAGUUACCCAAUCAAAAAAAUCAAUAAGAUUUGUUUGGCAUGAUCUCCCUGAAGUAAACCCAUGUUGUCUCUGAUCUUGAAAUCCAUGUGUUUUUAGAUGUUCAUCAAUCCUAUCCUUUAACAUGGUUUCCAUCACUUUCCCCACUACUGAAGUAAGGCUUACUGGCCUAUAGUUGCCCGACUCCUCCCUAUUACCUUUCUUGUAAAUGGGCACAACAUUCGCUAACUUCCAAUCAUAAACAAUCUUUUUUUCAGAGCUAAGAAAUAUGGGGAUACAGCUGAUGAAUGUGCUGAUGCCUUCUUCUCAUAUGGAAUUAGUCUCCUUGAACUGGCCCGGUGAGAAUAAAUGCUGGUGUAAACUCCUAAUUUGUGGUUUUCCUCUGGCUGUUGGUAAACUAACAUUGUCUCUUCAUUAUUGGUACAUGAGUUGGUCUGUGGUAUGCCAGACUGGGGGGGUGUUGGGUCGUACCGAACAGCUAUUUAUUUUUCCUUCCAUACUCGUGUGCAUGUUUUCAGUAUAACAAAUGUGUUGCUGUGUAGCCUUUAUGGCUGUAAACUAAUGUGUUCAUGCAUGUCUGGAAUAAAGUGAAACUUUAGGCAGUUAACUAAUAAAACCUAAGCUCUAUAAUAUUCCUUCUAAUCUGUAAUAUAUUAAAGACAAUGUUGCAGUACUUGGUCUGCUAGUGCUGUAUAUGGCUGGAAAUUCUAAUAAACAUUCACCCACCAGGCACUCUCAGAAUGAGUGUGAAUCCUUGACUGCUAAACUCCACAGGCUUUACAUAACACAGUAGAACCCACUGUAGUCGCCUUGUUUCAUCCAAAUGCUGAACUUGGUCACACAUUGUCCCUUUGUGGGGCAUACCUGUAACGAUGUGGAAGCUACCAUUAAAACAUUGUCAUACCCAGAAACCACUCCUAAGCUUCAUCUUGAUGUUUAAAUAGACAGUGAAACACCAGUCUUGCAGACAUCAGUUUGGAUGCAUUCAUGCCUUAAAGGACCACUAUUGCCACCCAUACCACUUCCACUCCAUGAAGUGGUCUGGGUGCCAGGUCCCUCUAGUGUUAACCCUGCAGCUGUAAACAUAGAAGUUUCUCUGAAACUGUUUACACUGAGGGUUAAUACAGCCUCAAGUGGCUGCCUCCGUGACAGCUGCUUCUGCGAGUCUCACUGUGAAAAUCAGUGAAGACGCUGACGUCCAUAGGAAAACAUUGAGUAAUGCUUUCCUAUGGGUGGUUUGAAUUAACCCCUUCAGCUCUGAGGGUGGGGGGACUGAAUAACCCUAUAGUGGCAGAGAAAACUAGUUUGUUUUCCUGGCACUAUAGUGGUCCUUUAAUGCAAGAAAUCAAUCCAAAAUCUAAAGUGUACAUUGAGGUUUAGGUUGUGCAAAAUUCUUCCUCUGUACUAUUUUGCAAUUCACUUGCCCUAUUAUCACCUUCAGUUAUAAAUGUAUAACAAAUUGUAUCACUUUGUGCAUCGGGCUGACUGGAAACUAGUAUACUAAACAAAGCCAAACUAUGUAUUGCUACAUCAGUUUGAUGGACAUCCAAGACUUCAAAUGGAAUGAGGAGGAAAAGGGUCCUAAGUAACUAAACUUAACUCAAACGAAGCUGUUUUGGAGCGUAGAUCACGUCCCUGCAAUCUCACUGCUCAAUUCUCUGCCAUUAAGGAGUUAAACAUGUUUAUGCAGCUCUAGCCACACCUCAUGUCAUGUGUCCUUAAGGGGUUAAACAGAAUGUGUACUAUAACGGAAGUCUAAACAUUGGCUCUUUUUAUAGGAAGUGCAAGUGAUCAAUGCAUCAAAACUGCUUCAUUAAGCUGAGGUUGGUCUGGUGAAUUGGUGUUCCCUUAACUGAUACAAUAAGCAAAAGCCCUGUGUGCAACUCUGGUAAAGCAUCAUAUCUCUUUUGAGUUAUGGAAUUCAGACUAAUCUCAAUUUGUUUGAAACUAAAUGCACAACUCACAUAAAAUAUCCAGUAUUAACACACAAAUGAGCCUAGUUCCAAAACUCUGUGAAAAUGACUAUUUUAACAAAGUUACCUUUUAAGAUUACCCAGAGAAGGCCUAUAAUUGUGAUUUCAAUAUGUAGGCAUUAUAAACCUACUCAUUUGUUUAAUAAAAAAAAAUCCUUGGUCUAGUGAAUGUACCUAUCUUGGCUGAUACACCCCUACUAUAUUUAGUAUCCUAGAUACCCAGAUGUAAAGUGUAGUAAAAUCUCUUUAAUGGUUAACCACUAGUGACAUGAAGUGGUCACGGUGGUAGGAAAAAUCUGCACUUAUGUCAUGGCUUGGUUACGCCCCAAGUACACGUGACAUCUUUGUGCAUAACAUAAACAUUUUCUCUAGCAGUGCAUGCAAGAAGUAGCAUAGAUGCCCCUCCCUUGAUGAUAUGCACCUUCCUGUCUCCCUGUAAGUUAUUAUUUUUAUAUAUUUAUUCAACGUUGUCUCAAACACAAGUAUGCUUUGUCAGCAAGAAUACAAUCACAGCCUGUAACCAGACCAUGCAAUGCACUUAGAUGAUGGGUGGAAGGCAGUGCUGGAUUCUCACCCCAUCUUUUAGGUUAAACUCCUUGUCCCUUUAAACCUCAUAAAUGGCUGACAGGGUGGGGUUUUGUUAUCCUGAAUUGCCCUCCCAUCUUCCAGGCAUAUACAGAUUUUUUUUUUUUUGAUUCCCUCUGUAUGUGCCCUUCAUCCUCUUUAGACUGUAAAGUCAUCUUGACAGGGCUAUCUUCACCUACUGCUCCUGUAUGGCUAAUAUGGUUUUGUCAGGUACAUGAAAACAUAUCAUGCUUCAGGAUCUCACUAUAUAAAUGUGAUUUGUAAGGUAAGAGGGUGCUCAUGAUCUGCAGAUACAAAACUACUUGAAGUGGCCAUGGAAAUUGAAACUGAUACUCUUGUAAUUUAUUUCAGAACACAUUUUUGUAUCCAUGGUAAUGUUAUGAUGGUCUAAGAAAGAUGUAUUUAAAGGGUCAAAGAGCAUAUCAAAACAGAUGAUGUGACAAACCCCCUUCCCUGCUCCCCUUGUGAAAAGUUUCACCUCAAAUGUUUUAAUGGAGAGCAGAAAUCCUUUAACCUGAGCUCUUCAGUUCUUUUUUAAAGCACCCUUUCCCCCUUUAAUUCUCUUAUUGGUGUUAAAGGAUCAUCAUUGAGUUACGAUUCAAAUUUUGGGUUUUAAAAACAAGCCUGGCAAGAUGUAUGCAUGGGGACUAAAAAUAUCUAAAGUUUUAUAAGACACUUAUCUUCACACUAUAUAUAAAUUUCAAUAAAAAGCUCAAUUGUUGAACAUGGAGCAUAAGCAGAAUGCACUGAGGCAUAACUUAUGGCAGUUAUAUAGUAUACAAUUAAUGUUAUUGUGGCAUUCAUUUUAUUUAGGAUGGAGAAUGGUGUGUUGGGUAAUGCCUUGGAAGGAAUACCAGAGGAGGAGGAGGAAGAAGAUGAGAAAGAGGAUCCAAAUAUUCCAAGUGCAGAGAACAUAGAUGGUAGGUCAGUCAUAAUCAUCCUGUUCAAAGCACCCUUAAAUCUUAAGGGGCACAUCUAGAGAACUAAAAUUUGGAAUUCUCCUGGACUCCUGAUAACAAACAUCUUGCUGCUCUUAACAGCUGGGAGCAUGGCUUUAAAGAACCAAUCAGAUGUCUGUCACAUGUAAAGUGACCUGUGAGGCAAGAUAUUACAAACCUUCAAUGCAAAUCUUGCUGAAAGGUGGCUCUACACUUCAUCAAUCUGACAGUAUUUAUGCUAACUAACAUGCUUGACUCUACACAGGUGUGCAUGUAACGAAAUCUAACAUCAGAUUAGGCUGUUUUAAUCUACAUAGUGAUUGUAGCAUAAGGUAUAUAGAAACAUAGAAUGUGACGGCAGAUCAGACCAAUUGGGCCAUCUAGUCUGUCAAACUUUCUAAAGACUUUGAUUAGUCCGUGGCCUUAUCUUAUAGCUAUGAUAGCCUUAUGCCUAUCCCAUGCAUGCUUAAAUGCCUUCACUGUUAACCUCUACCACUUCAGCUGGAAGGCUAUUCUGUGCACCCACUACCCUCUCAGUAAAGUAAUACGUCCUGAUAUUAUUUUUAAACCUUUGUCCCUCUUAUGGGGUUUUUUUUUUUUUUAAAUAUAUGGUCUCAUCCUUUACUUUGAUUCCUUUUAUGUAUUGUUUCUAUCCUAUCCCCCUAUCUUUCCUCCAAGCCAUACAUGUGAAGAUCCUUUAACCUUUCAUUGUAAGUUUUAUCAUGCAAUCCAUGAACCAGUUUAGUAGCCCUUCUUUGAACCUUCUCUAAGGUCUUCAAUAUCCUUCUGAAGAUACGGUCUCCAGUACUGAGUAAAAUACUCCACGUGAGGUCUCACCAGUAUUCUGUACAAUGGCAUGAGCACUUCCCUCUUUCUACUGCUAAUACUUCUCCCUAUACAACCAAGCAUUCUGUUAGCAUUUCCUGCUGCUCUAUUACAUUGUCUGUCUAAAUUUGUCAUCAGAAAUAAUUACCCCUAAAUCCCUUUCCUCAGACACUAAGGUAAAAAUAUUCUGUAGUCUGCCCUUGGGUUUUAACAUCCACAAUGCAUUAUCUUGCACUUAUCAACAUUAAAUGUUUACGGACCAUAUAGCAGUCUGUUGGCCUUUUUAACUGUAACAUUCCAUGACUCAAAUAUAUGCUAUGUUCUCAGUGUGAUUGAGAUUAUAUGGUCUUAACUUGAAAACGGAGUUUCUGCAGAGUAAUCUGAUCCUUUAAAGCAACACUACAGUCAUUGCAAACACAAUUACUACUGCAGCACUCUGACUAUUGUCAUGUUUCCUUGCACCUUCUCAUGGUAAGAUGUCAAGCCCUCUAGCAUGAUUUGACAACUUGCAUUGGUCCUUGGAAGACCUCCAGCAGUAACUUGCAGAAAAAGGCUAAUGUUUAGAGCAAAGCAGUCCUGCUUUGGCACUUUGCUCUAUAGUGGUAAGUUGUCAUGACAGCAGAAGCCAAAUGUUAAUGUCCUAAUCUUCAUCCAAAUUGUACUAAAGUGGUUUGACCUGUUACUGUAUGGCUGCAUCAGGACACUCUUGUCUCACUACACUGAUUUUUAGUAGUUAUGGUGCUUGUAGUUUCACAUAGCCUGUUACUUGGGGAAUCUAUGCACCAUGUGAUGGCUUUUGCAAACCUCUGAAGAGAAGGCAGAAGUCCAAGCAGUUAGAAAGGACAGAUGAAGUGUUAAAAUGGAGGAUGUGAUGGCUUGUUUUAACAUAGUGGUUCUAUUCAACAAAUUUUGUAGCUAACUAGACUUAAUGGUAUGGUUUGGAACCAACAUGAGCAUAUUUGUAAUUUAGUGCCCUAAAUGAACAACUUAUGACUAGACAUUUUAGAUGCAUCAAGAGUUGACCCUUAAAACUGGUCAACCUUUAGUGCAUUAAACUGUCUUCAGAUACUAAAGCCCUGCCCUUUCAGUCCCACAGAUAGUGGGCCAUAAUGCUGUAGUUCUGUCAAUAUAAGAUUGGAUAUGUUGCUUUGUCAGAUGUGGGUAAAAUAUGGAUGUAGUUACUGAUCAGUUAGUCUCCUGUCUGGAGGCUGCCAUGUGCUCUUGUCUGCAGACAGCUAGGCAGAGACGGUAAAGCAUGUCAAACUGAGUGUGUAGAAUUAAAACUGUAGUUCCCAUCACUAAAAUAGAAGAAUUUCUCUUCAUAUCCCACAAAUAUCUAGAGAAAGAAAGGGAGCAGUUGAGAGAGCAGGUAUAUGACGCUAUGGCAGAAGAAGAGAAGCCUGCAGAUAAACCAGAGAAGGAAGGGAAGGAAAAUUGUGAGAAAAUGACAAACUCAAAAGCGAAUGAGUGUGAUGGGAAAUCUGAAGAUAAAAUGGAGAAAUGUGAUGUGGAGGGUGAAAAGCAGGUGGAAUGCAAUGUGAAACCCACUGAAGAUGAUAAAACUGACUUGGAGACUAAAGAUGAGCCUGAAGGUGAUCACAUGGAAGAGGGUGAAAAGCCAGCUGCAGCAUCUUCCAAAAAUCCUGUGGAAGAGGAAAAUACUGAAGUGAAAAACACUGAGACAAAGAGCGAAUCCAAAAGUGAAGCCUCUAAAACUGAAUGCCGUGAUCAAGCAGUAGAGGAAAAGGAUGUUUCAAAGGAUGAAGGGAAAGAUUCAAAGGAUGAAGGGAAAGAUUCAAAGGAUGAAGGGAAAGAUUCAAAGGAUGAAGGGAAAGAUUCAAAGGAUGAAGGGAAAGAAGCUGUUGCUCCUGAAACAUCUGAAGAGAAGCCAAGUGUCCAAACAGAUGAAGUGUCUGAGAUGGAGGAAACUGCUUCAAAAGAUCAAUCUGGAGAUCAAGAGGAAGAAACAGAAGAACAAAUGGAAGGUGAAGGUAAUUAGUUCGGCGAGGCUACAUUUUGGUCUUCCAUCUGACUUAAUAAAUUUGAAGCACUGGGUAUUAAUGUCAACUAAGCCUUAAGCUGCAUUUUUGUGACUUGAUCUGAAGCUUAUCAACAAGUCAAUAUGGAGGAUAUUCAUGCACAUGGGUCUACACUGCUUAUUGGGCACUUGUGUGAUACUUCAUCCAGUCUGGUGUUGGUGGCACAAUCUUCAGAUGUGGACUGAACACUUGACAUUUACUCUUUAACUGAUUUUCUGAAUUUCAUUCAUAAAACUCUCUUCUCUUGCAGAUGGUGAAGACUCUGAAGAAAAUGAGGAAACCGAAGAGAAGGUAAGGAAAGAAGUUGCUAAUAGAGUAGACAUGUGAAGGAUUAUUGAUUACAAAGUCCUCUUGCUUCAAAUGCCCGUUAAAUACAUGUCAGUGGAUACAUGCCAAGCAACUGUUUAAAGCCACCUUAAAGCAGCACUGUCUAAUGGCUAUUUAGCUGAAUCUCAUUUCUAGAACUGCUCUUGGAAACUUCUAGAAUCCCAUACAUGUUCCCUGUGUAUAUCCAUAGCUGAUAGCUUGGUUUCCACACUUCAGAUCUGUUGUGAAUUUUGUUAGUAAAUUAAUCCAGAUCAUGGUUACACUGAGCUUGAGGGCUCAAGUACUCUACUGCAGACCCAAGGCCUAAUUUCUAUACCUCUAAAUUGGCAGUUUAAAGGUGCUCAUGCUUUGCCAACUAUGCCUCCUUGGCAUAAGCAAAUUUAACUGGCUCUGCUGCUUUCUAGUCUGGAAGUAAAUAUUCUUAGUUUCUCCACUGAAGUGUUUAUUGCAACAAAGAUUCUAGACACUAGCUGUAUAAGUUAUAGCACUUUAAUAUAAAAAAUAAUUUUUUUUUUUUUUUUUAUUAUAAAGGAAAAUGAGGAAGAGGAUGUUGGUAACCUGCAGCUGGCUUGGGAAAUGCUGGACCUGUCAAAGAUAAUCUUUAGAAGGUAACUCGAAAAUUAAUGUGCCUUAUCUUGCACAUACCAAUGCUCUUUUGAAGGCAAGGUGUUGCAGUGGUUUCAAUUACAAAAAAGUGAAAUGGGUCUUAUUGCAUUGAAUGCAUAUGUACAUGGUUCUCAAAUUGCUCAAUCCUCUUAAGGACUGCAAAGCAGUAUUCUUGGCACGCACUUCCCCCUGCCUCCCCCACUGCAGUAAAUGGUUUAACAAAAAACAACAAAACUUUUACUUGCCCUAUACCAUCUCAAUGCUCCAACCCUUCCUAAGACUAGCAGGUGCCAAUGAGAAAGCACAGCAAAUGCUGCGUGCAUUGAAUGCUUUCCUAUGGGGUAAAAUCUGACAACAGGUCCUCAUGCAGAGCAUGAGGACCUCCAGCGUCCGACACCAGACCAAAGGUCCAUUCAAUCCAGGAAGUGCGUCCAGUGGCUGUCUGGUAAGACAGUCUCAGAGCUGCAAUUUAAACAAUGCAAUUACUCUAAUACUGCAAUGUUUUACAUUGCAGCACAAAGUCUUAUAGGGACAGUGCAUCCAAAUCAAUAGUUGGCUGAAGUGGUAUGGAGGCCUAUCAUGUCACUUUAAGAAUCAGUCUGGUCCUUUAAAGGCUUGGUGUAUAGUGUCCGAUCUGUCUUGCAUUUGCAACUCAAUCAAACCCACUCAUUAAAUGAGUGGAGCAUUGUAUUUCGAUGCAUGCCCUUCAAAGGCUGCUGUGCUACAACUUAUUAGCUGCACAAAGCAGCUCUCCCCUUCUUUGGUCUCUGCAUAUCUUGCAAAGACCACUGGUGACCGUUCUGCUUUGUGCAGUAGCCUGGAAGUGCAGGGGGAAGAUGGUAACUUACCAUUACUCAACCAGCAUGAUCAUGGCAUUAAAAGUCAAAAUGUGGCAAACUGUCAUUGUAUCUGCAGAUUGAUAGCUAUAGAAGCUACACUUCUGACCAUUUAUCUAUAAAUUCUCACUUCUAACAGGAAAGAAACUAAAGAAGCUCAGUUAAAAGCCGCACAAGCACAUCUGAAACUCGGAGAAGUUAGUGUUGAGUCAGGUAAGUGUAUGUAUAGUAUACUUUAAUGGCAUCAGUUAGUGGGCCCAGAAGAACCUAGGUGUGUCAUACUAUCUUGCUAAGACUUUUACAUCACAAUAUUCUGCUGUAUCUAGAAAACUACUCCCAGGCAGUAGAAGACUUCUUGGCCUGUCUGACGAUACAGCAAGAGCACCUUGAAGCUCAUGACCGCCUCCUUGCAGAAACUCACUACCAGCUAGGUUUGGCUUAUCAGUACAACUGCAAACAUGAGGAUGCAAUAUCACACUUCAAUAAAUCAAUCAAUGUCAUUGCAGGAAGAAUAAGUAAGUACUAUGUUACUCAAACAGUAUUUUCUGACCCAUGUAGCUAUGAUUGCCUUUGUUUCUAGUUAAUAAGAGACUAACAAUGUGUCUGAAACUGUCUUGCGUGGCAUAUAAGUGAUCAAGAAUUUAAUCAUCCUUUGUAUAUAGUAUGCAUAGUACUAGACCAACUGAAUACAAACUCCUACUUGCAUUGCUGUCGUGCAGUCUAGAAAUGUCAAAUUAACAUGAGAAACUAGUUUGUGCUGUGACUGACAAUCUCAGGAUACUCUCGUGGAAAAUUCAAACAUGUCACUGCUGUCUUUAAGCCUUACAAACCACAAACAGCCUUUUAAAAAAACUUGGUUAACUUCAAGCUCUAUUUAUUCCACUAGCUGUGCUCUCAGGGAAAAUGGAAGCAGCCACAGAGCCAGAUGCUGAAAUUCAGAAAGAAAUUGAAGAGUUGAAAAACCUGCUCCCUGAUAUCAAAGAAAAGAUUGAAGACUCAAAGGAAGCUCAGAAAACUGCUAUAGCAACAGAAAUUGCCCUUAAAGAGACACUGGUCAGUAAUGGUUCAUCACUGCCCAAAAAAAGUCACUGGGAGCCCCUCUCUCUUUAAAAAGUAACAAUUAUUCAUUCUUUCCUCUAGGCUGGAGGUUCUUCAGGAUUUUCUUCUAAAGAGAAUGGAAGCACUUCAGUACGUUCAUAACUUACUACUUUGAUUGGGGCAGGGGGGGAUGUUAGCAGGGGGAGAAAACACACCAGCAACUUGUAGUUCAUAGACCUGUAAAAAUCCAUGGGUAUUCUUGCCUGUUGGUAAUGGUUUUGCUAAUGCUACAAGUGUGGCUCUUGUAAUUGUGUAACUAUAUUAAAAGUACUAGAAUUUCUUUUGUAUAUUUGAUUACUCUUCCCUUUUUCAGACCUCCACGGACAAAAAUAGCGGUGACUGCACUGUACCUGUUCAAAACUGUGUGUCUGAUAUUUCUCAUCUUGUGAGGAAAAAGGUACCUGUAAAUUGUAAACCUUCUCCCUGCUUCUACAUUUUAAAAAAAUUAGUAAAGGCCACUAAGGCAGUGAUUAAAUUGGUAAUAUAAUACCUUAACUUGUGGCUUUGUCCUCAAGAGAAAACCUGAAGAGGAAAGUCCACUAAAAGACAGUGAAGCAAAGAAAGCUAAACCAGAUCUGGUUGAAAAUGGAGAUGGGAGUGAAGAUGCAGUAGUACCUACAAAUGAAGAAGCAGAGAAAGCUGAAGAGGUAGGAUUCUACAGGUUACCUGUCUACUCAGGUCCUGGAAAAUCAUUGGUGGGUUCAAGUCUGCAGCAAACUAAAUUGUCUUGGGUUGUUGGAAACAUGCCUUUAAAACUGGAGAGCUGACAAGGUGCAUUUCAUUGUCAAAAUGACUUUACUAUGUAGACCACAUUUUGUCUUAAAUAUGGUGGUCUAGCUGCCAUUAAUUUCAGUUUAGUAAAUAGACCUUGGCAUGUACCUGUGGUAGCAUUCCUUUUGACUCUUCAGCGUAAGGUCCAAGACCACUUUCCCUAAAGGGUGAGAAUCCUGCUUAAUAGCAUUAUCCUGAAAUGUUUAACCAGUUAAUCAGAUUCCUUACAGUUCAGCUGUGGAGUCCUAAUCUGCAAAAACUAGACCAGGCCUACUUAAUGGUGACUAGCAAGUAACUGGUCAUCUGAUAAAUCUCCUCGCAUUCUCUGCUUCACAAAGGUGUUAAUUGUUAUAGGUUAGCCUGUAUCUGACCUAACCUGAAUGGGUUGCACUCCUUAACCUUAAGAACCUUAUUUCCACUACAGGCUGGACAGAUACCCAUGGAAACAGCAGCUGUGGAGAGUUCUGCAUGACCAAUUCACUUGAUCACUGUUUUUUGUAUAUAAAUGUAUUUUCUGAAUUUUUGUUGCGUCCUUUUUGUAAAAGAAAAAUAAAGAUGAGAUUUAAAAAUUGUGGC